CUUUGAGUCACUUCCUCGCUGUGUCUACGCUCCAGAUUUUCCAUCAUGAAGCUGCUAAUAUUUCUCGGGAUUCUCGCCCUCGUCGGGUGUGGCAGCGCAUUGACAUGCAAUCAAUGCCAUGGAGGUCAAUGCAAGGACGAAUCCAACUGGAUAAGAGCAGAUUGCAUGGAUGUCCCAUUUGUUGAAGAGUUUUGUAUUUCUACUUGGGACAAGGAAGGUGUCCUCCAGGCGUCCUACUGUGGCAUCUGGAAUAAAGAAGAAUGCCAUAAAAUACAGGGCGAAAUGACGACAUGUUAUUGCAACUCGGACCUGUGCAACACGGCAGCCUUGGCCCAGUCCACAUCCUCCUUCCUGCUCCUCUUGCUUCUCCUCCUUGCCACCUGCAAACAGCUCCUCUUUCUCUAGAUACCGUUUAUCUUGUCAUUAGGAGGUGCUUUCUGUCGAAUUUCUUAUAAUUAUAUCCGGCACAAGAGGUAUUACGAGAUCAAAUCAGCUGGCGUACGUGGAGACUUCCAAGAUAUGCAGGUGUUACGAUCUCGCCAAUAGAGGAAAAAUAAAAAUUUGCAUGAAAUAUUCUUCAAGUUAUCGCUCAUUGCAAGACGCGCAAAAACCGAUGAGAACGCGAAAGCCCGAAAUCUACGAAUUAUUCCCCACUACAAGACUCGUGGAUACAGGGCAAGGAAUCAAGGUUGAACUCUCCUCUCGGUUUCUAUUCUUUUUCUGUCUCCACUAAACGAUCGUUCUGCCUCUAACCAUCCUUUGCAUGCUUCUUUCGAAAUGAAUAAAAUGGUCG